UACAUCUAUUCGUAUCGGUUAAGGAAAUGUUUAUAGAAACACGUAAUUGAUAGUAAUUGCAGGCUUUGUAUUGACAAGAUAUAACAUGCAUAUAAACUGUGUCCACUAUGCUUGUUCAAACACACUAGGACAUCCAUGCACAAGAAGUUGCCAUUUCAAAAAGAGAACUCUAUUAUACGGUGAACCGUACUGCAAUUAUUGGAUCCUACUAUACGUUUGUCGGAACUUUUGAAGCGUCAUAGAACUUUCAAAGUUGCUAUGAUUUUUCAGUUGAUAAUACUGACGACCACGUCAUUAUUUUCACAAGUAAAAUGCAGAACUUACAUACCGGAAAAAUAUUCCGUAGAACACAAUCCGAAUAAUAGACAGACACAUCAUGCUACAGAACAGCAGCAACUAACAGUGUACGUCGACAAACGCCAAUAUCCAAACGGGUGGAAUGAAAAUAUCAUGAGAGGCGAUCGUUCGCCGAUAAUAUUCACAGACAAAGCACCAGUAACAAUUAACUACAAUGGAGGUCACAGUAGUCCCGGACAAUCACCAUACGGAUUUGGAAACUCUUGUCCGAUCGUACUGACGUCUCAAGGUAAAAUCACGGUGAACUACGAUGGUCCGCAGGACGACGACGAUGUACCGCCAAGCAACCGAGACAUUUGCCUGUUGACCAAUACCAUGGUCGAACUUCCGAGCGGUAUAGUUAUGCCGUACUUAAAAUUCAAGACCAUCAGCCCUUAUCUACCGGAAAACCAAAAAUCCGAUGUCCGAAUCAUACUCGACAACAAAAACAUGACGUACAAACAGUUCCAGGAAACGCUGCGGUAUCACGGUUGCGACGACCUGGAGGACUCGCCGCAACCGUCGUCGGAGGUAGACUUGACCAACUACGUGACGCUAGCCGACGGCACCCAGGUGGAAAUGGACGACUACCGGAACAUAGUGAGCGGCAUAACUUCCGGUUCGGAAACGUUGAUGGUGCCCAACGUGGUUAGCGGAAAGUAUUCGCUGUACCGUUCGCUCAUAGCGGACGAAUUACCGGAAAUGAUACCAUCGGCAUUCGUCAUCACGCACGCCGGAGACGUAGUGCCGUUUUCGUUGUAUCACGCCGUGGACACGGAACAUUUUCAAAGGCCGUCGACAGCUAUGGUGCCCAGGAUUCGGCAGAUCAAGUGGCGCGACGGUAAACUAGUGGACGUGCAGACCGUAAGACACGUGAUCGACGCCCUGAAGACGCCGACGAUGAUCAGUUUCGUGUUCCCGAACAGAAAACGCAUGCCGUUCGUCCAGUGCGACGUCAAAGAGUCGACGGAAUUAUACGAUUACGAUCCCAAAACGGUAGUGGUGGACGUGGGUCAGUGCAAAAACGUUCUGUUGUCGCAUUUCAACGAUAUCCUUUUUGCAGUGCGUAUUCCCGACGACAGUGCGACAGGCGACCGUAAGUACAGACGGUUUAAUCCGCCGGUGUUCGCUUGGAAUCCUGCAAAGUGUAUGAAUACUGCUGCCACUAACGCACAACCGGACGGUUAUAAAGUCUGCAAUAAAUCGAAUAAUGUCGACAACGGAAAUUAUUCCGGAUAUUCGAUUCACGUGACAAAUAAAGACAAACGGCGGGCAGACGAUAAGCCCGCCGAUAAGCAACUCACUGUUUUCGGUCCCGUGUCGGCGAUGGAAAAAACGACGUGCUUGGAUUCAAACGACACUAUACGAAUAAUACUAACCAGUUCGUCGGGGACGCAUGAAAUAAAAAUCACAAACGUACUUAACAAUAAAAAACCUUUGAUUUACGAUAUAACCGACAAACCGGUUAAUAUACGAGAUUUAAAAAAUAUCAUAUUGCAAAACGAAUGUGACUAUUCACCACUUCUAAUAAAUAAAACGAAUAGUACCAAUGUGACGAACAUUAUGAACCCGCAAAAUAAUAAUUGCACCAAUAUUUUAAUAACGAAUACCGAAAACGAUUGCAAACCGAUUAUAAAAAAUAAUGAAACAAACGAUACGACUGACAUUAAAAAUACGUCGGACUCAAAGGAUCCUUCGUAUUUGAACGAAUCGACACAAAAUCAAACUGUCACUAUGUGUAGCAAAAACGCUACUACAAAUAAUAACAAAAACCAAACAACAGAAACUGUAACUACAACCAUGGUUACCCAGAACAACACAGAACUUACAAAUACUACUAAUACAUCUGGAAAAAUUAACAACACAACUACUAUAGAAAACGAAAAUAAUGAUGGUACUAAAACCCCGGAUCGUACAGAAAAAUGUUCAAAAGAUCAACAGAAUGAUUGUAGUCCCGCAGUUACUGGAAGCAAUGAAAUACCUAUAACAAAAAACACCGACAAAAACCAAACACAAAUCACGAAUACAACACAGACCAAUGUAGAAAAUUCAGUCUGUUUAAAUGGUACUCAUACAGAUAAGAAAAGUGAAAAAAACAAUACCAUAACAACAGAAACCAAAAAUAAUACUACUACUAGUAUUCCAAAUAAUUGUCAAAAUAGUUCUAAUCCAAUUAGUGAAAGUAGUACAACACCUGUAAUACAAAAUAACAAUAACCAAACUGAAACCAACAACACGACUACAAUCAAUAAUGCACCAAAUGUUAAUGCGAAUACGACUGACUCGAAUACAACUAAUGCAUACAAAAAACCGAAACCCGACGAAGCUGUUGCCAUAGAAACUAGAAAUAACACUACUACUGAUCCUAAAAAUAAUCAAAAUAGUUCUAAUCCAGUUAUUGAAGAUAUUACAGUACCUAUAACAAAAGGUAACAACGAUCAAACUGAAACUAAGAAUGCAACUGCUCCUAUAAGUGCAUCAAAUGUUACUGCGAAUACGACUGACUCGACUAAUACUAAUGCAUACAAAAAACCUGAACCCGACAAAACUGUAACCAUGGAAACUAAAAAUAACACUACUACCGAUCCAAAAAAUAAUCAAAAUAGUUCUAAUCCAGAUAAUGAAAGUAACACAAUACCUGUAACGAAAAACGACAACGAUCAAACUGAAACUAAGAAUGCAACUGCUCCUAUAAGAGCAUCAAAUGUUACUGCGAAUACGACUGACUCGACUAAUAAUAAUGCAUACAAAAAACUUGAACCCGACCACACUGACAACGAUACCGUAACUACGGAAGUUAGAGAUAAUACUAUAACUGAUCCGAACCGUACAGCAAUAGUAGCUGACAACCCUCAAAACGAUUCUAAUCCAGUGGUCGAAUCUGAUGAAAUUCCAACGAUAACCAAUACCAGCGAUUACCAAAAUCCAGCAAAAACUGUAAACACGGCAGUAAGUACGCCAAAUUAUGUAGAAAAUACGACCGCAUCGAAUUCGCGUAGAACAAACAAUGACACUUAUAUCGGAAGUAAUGAAGCUUCCGGCGUGGUCAAUUCCGCGGAAACGAUUCAGACUCCAACAACGGAAAUAGCAUCCGACGCAGACGACGUCGGACCAACGGAAAAUCCUGACACGAUUUCCGAAACGAAAACUGAAGUCAACGACGAUGAGUCAACUGACGUGUACGACAUUACGACGACGGGGACGACGGAACCGACUCAACCCACUCCGAUCUAUACUGAAAUCAUUAAAACGCCGAAUAACGGUUCUAUGACCAAUAACGCUACUAAAAUCGUAAACAUCAUCGUGUACUAAAAUAUUCCUUCUGUCGAAAGAACAUUACAAAUAAUAUUAUAAUAAUGUAUAUUAUUACGCGACGGUCGCAACCUGUUAUUAGUUUUUGAUUUUAUUUCUAAAGACAGUUCAAUUUUUAAUACUAUAUUUACUUUUUUUCUAUUUCUCCAUUUGCACCCGUUGUUCAAAUCCCUGAAUCCUGAUAUAAUUUAAAUGCACUCUUUCUGUUCAAGGGGUCCACAUAUUCCGCUUGCAAUAAUAAUAAUAUUCUUGUUUGCUGUAUACAAUAUAACUAUACAUUAUACAUAUUAUAUUAAAAUAAUUAUACAUUCCACGAUUAAUCUUAGAACUCAGCACACAAAAGUAAUUAUCGUUAUAGGGCGCAUAGACAUAAGUAAUAUAAAUAAUAUGUAAUAUUUUAUGAUUAAGUUAUUAAAUGUACACCUGUAUCUGUAAUAGUAAUAUAAACUAUAUUAUUUCGUAUAUUGCAUUUCUCUUGCAGUGUUUACGAGACACGAAAAAAGUAUCCUAAACAAGGAAAUCUCUAUGAAGGUUAUUGACGUUUGACAUACCAUACGCAUAAUGCGUGCGUUCGCCAAAUAUUUUAUAAACAUCAUACUUUUUUUUUUAAAUUAAAUACCUAGGUGUAAACUUUAGGUAGUCAAAAAACGUUUCAUACCGACGAAUAUAAUGUAGUUAACGUUUAAAUACCCUAUUGGAUCACGGAUGUGAUAUGUGAAUUAACCAUGAAAGUGUAUAUGAUGUUCGCACUCUGUGCUCUGAUGAUACCUUGUUUGCCCACGUUCAACCCCACCGUGGAAACCGGUCCCGAUCGGAUAAUCAGCCGACACAAGUACGACGACGGUUUCAUGCCCGACUAUCCUGCGCCGGUUAUCGGCCACGACGGCGAGUGGGUCAAGCCG